ACGUGUCCCUUCUUGUCCCAGACCCGAGAUCUACUGCCACGCGGCAAAUGAAAGUCGUCAAAUCUCGUGCUACCAGCCCCCGACGACGGCGACCCAUCCGCUUCCUCCCAGCUUCCAUCACUACCCGCUCUACAGUGCUGCAUAGCUCCCUUCGGCACACGAACACUGAUGGCUUGCGCUGCGGUGGUGCUACCGCCGCCGCCGGUGUCCAGAUACCGGCCACGGCAGCAUCUUCCAUGCUCAUUCAGAGGUUCCGCUCUUCGACGUCACUUACCAGUCUCUCCCCAUCAAAGUUCCCACCUCUGUCCGUUUUUCAUUUCCGAAUCUUCUAGAAGCCGAUACCGGCCUUUUCUACCCGAUCGACCUCUCUUUGACUGCGGCAAGCAAUCAGAGCUCUUGGUUUCCGCCACCGACUCAGGCUCGACGGCCUACUCGGCCAAGGGAUUAAAGUUCCAAGAAUGGGAUUCUCUGACUGCCAAGUUUGCCGGAGUCGCAAACGUCCCGUUCCUUCUCCUCCAGCUCCCCCAAAUCAUCCUUAACUCCCGCAAUCUCCUAUCUGGAAACACGACCGCGCUCUUCGCCGUCCCUUGGCUCGGAAUGCUUACAGGCUUAUUGGGGAACCUCUCAUUGUUGUCGUACUUCGCUAAGAAGAGGGAAACGGAGGCGGUCAUCGUCCAAACCCUUGGAGUUUUAUCGACUUAUGUCGUGAUCGUGCAGCUGGCCAUGGCCGAGGCCAUGCCCCUGCCGCAGUUCGCGGUUACAUCUGCCGUUGUUGCUUCUGGCCUUCUCAUUAACUUCUUGAAUUACUUUGGUUGGCUUCAUCAAGGGGUUUGGACUCUCUGGGAAGAUUUCAUUACAGUUGGUGGCCUCUCUGUUCUCCCUCAGGUGAUGUGGUCGACAUUUGUCCCUUUCAUCCCAAAUAGUACUUCGCCUGGUAUCAUCUCUUGUGCUGUUGCAUUUGUGGCUGUCGUGUUGGCACGUGCUGGAAAACUAUCUGAGAAAGGAACUAAAUUUGUAAGGUCAACAUCUGGUUGGACUGCUACUCUUCUCUUCAUGUGGAUGCCCGUUGCACAAAUGUGGACCAACUAUCUGAAUCCAGAAAACAUCAGAGGUUUAUCAGCUUUCUCAAUGUUGCUUGCAAUGCUUGGAAAUGGCCUUUUGGUUCCACGUGCUCUAUUUAUCCGUGAUUUGAUGUGGUUCACUGGUUCAUCUUGGGGAUCCUUUCUACAUGGGUGGGGAAAUCUGCUCUGCAUGUUCAUAUUUAACAGCAUCGGCAGGACAUUUUUCCUAGCUGCAACGUUUGGGUACUUUGCAUGGCUAGGAAUGACUCUCUGGAGGGAUUCCGUUGCUUAUGGAUACAGUUCACCAAUGAAAUCUUUGAUGGAAUUAAUUUCCGGGCCUGAAAGCAGUUCUGAUUUGUAAGCUUCUACUGCUAUUUUCUGUUAGCAGUUGGCCGUUGGUUGCUGCCUAAGUGAACAGUUGAAACUUGCUUACAAGCAUUUCAAGGUCAUACAAGUAUCAUGGAGUGAGUGCACAGUUCAUAUAUAUGGCCCAUUUGAGCAGAAAUAUUCAUAGAGCAUCAUACUUUAUCAGUCUGUUCAAAUUCUUCUUUGAUUUCCGUUUGCAGCAGCCUUUGUUUCAAGAGGUAAGUUGUAAUGAACUGAAUUUAUUUAUUUGAAUUAUUGGGAAGUAAA